CAAGUCCAAAAUUAGUAAAUAAAGAUGGUGGCAGCGCGUGAACUGUGUGCGGUAUCGUCACGCGAAAAAUGUCUGGUAAAAUGAAAUGGAAGCGAAGAACGUGCACGAUCGCUCAGGAAAGCUCGAAAGCCGCGGAGACUUAGUGACACCGUAACAGACGAUAACAAUAGUGUAAAUAGUGUAUCUUUCGUAUAGUUCCCCGGGAGCGGAAAGCAGCCGCGAAAGAGGAUAAUUUGGCUCCAGAGUUCACUGUAAGAUAAACGGAAGGAAAAAUGGUGGUGGGUGAAGCAAGCAUACACAAUAUAAUGGGAGGAAUGGAGAGCACGGGCGGGGUGCGACUUCACAAUCACAAGCGGAAAUUGAAGCAGAGGUUCGACAUCAUCAAGAAGCUCGGUCAAGGUACUUACGGUAAAGUUCAAUUGGGUAUCAACAAGGAGACUGGCCAGGAAGUGGCGAUAAAAACCAUCAAAAAAUGCAAGAUAGAGACGGAAGCCGAUUUGAUCAGGAUACGAAGGGAGAUUCAGAUAAUGUCGAGCGUACAACACCCAAACAUUAUUCACAUAUACGAAGUGUUCGAGAACAGGGAGAAGAUGGUGCUGGUGAUGGAGUACGCGGCCGGUGGCGAGCUGUACGAUUACCUGAGCGAGCGCAAGGUGCUGUCGGAACACGAGGCACGACGAAUAUUUCGACAGAUAGCCACCGCCGUUUUCUACUGCCACAAGCACAAAAUCUGUCACCGAGACUUGAAGCUGGAAAACAUCUUGCUGGAUCAGGUUGGGAACGCGAAGAUCGCGGACUUUGGCUUGUCGAACGUGUUCGACGAGCAACGACUGUUGAACACAUUCUGCGGCAGUCCGCUGUACGCCAGCCCCGAGAUCGUCAAGGGCACCCCGUAUCACGGCCCCGAGGUCGACUGCUGGAGCUUGGGCGUUCUACUCUACACGCUGGUGUACGGUGCCAUGCCCUUCGACGGGUCCAACUUCAAACGACUAGUCAAACAGAUCUCACAGUCGGACUACUUCGAGCCUAAGAAACCGUCGCCCGCCUCUCCCCUCAUCAAAGACAUGCUGACCGUUUGCCCUGCCAGAAGAGCCGACAUCGAAAGGAUUUGCACCCACUGGUGGGUGAACGAGGGUUACGAGCAGAAUUGCCUGGACAUUGCCGAGGAGCUGGCCGCUCAGACUCCCGUUCGGCUGGAUCUGCUGCUGUCGCUGGUGCCGCAGUCAGCGUCAGCGGAGAAACUGGUCGUCGGUGACCAGCAGCCGGCCGGGGACGUGCCGAACAACGUGUCCUCCGACACUCUGAUACCUACCAGGUGCCAUUCCGUCGGAAGUUUGAUGGACUUGGAUCAGAGCAGUUCCGACAGGCGAUUGAGAAGAGAAUUGUUAGAGGAGGAGCCAAGAACGGCACCGAUCGUCGGCGAUGCGAAAAGGAAACUGGAAACGACGCCGUCGAUGGACGAAACGGCUGCCGCCGAUGCCAAGAGGAAGGAGCGAUCUCGAAGGAAGGAGAAGCGGGACGAACCGGAGGCUCGAAUGUAUAAAUCCGCGUCCAGACAUCACUCGGCGCCAAUUCCAAACUCGAUCACCGAGGAAGAAGCUAUGGAGGUGGAUCCUAUGAUAACCGUUCCUAUCAGCAAGACCGUCGAUUUGAACAAGAUCGAAUCCACGGCCGCUUGCUUAGAGUUAAUCAAAGAGUGUAGCGAGAGGUCACCGAGCAAGGAGAAAACAUCCAUGAUUCACGAACAGGAGCAGCAGUCACAAAUCUCGUCGGAGGAUCGCGUCGCCGAGGAAUACUUCCAAGACGAGUGCCGAGCGAGUGAACCGUUGGACGACGAAUCGGCGAAACCUUCGGACGUCGCGCUCGACCAAACAAACUCGGCCGCGCCCCCCUCGAUUUCCAACUUCGAGCCAACGUCGAACGAGAAGAGAACAUCGUCGGUGACGACUGGGAGCGAGAGGUUCGAGAAAUCGAACUCGUCCGCCAGUCAUCAAGAGGAACCGAUUAACCUCGAAGCGACUCAACGGGAAUUUAAGAAGCUCAAAGAAAAGGCGCUCUCUCUCGAUUCGGAACUCGCCAGCGAGCCGCGCGACGUGAACGUCCCCGCGAAGACGUUCGAGAGGAGACGCUCCAAGAUAUUUGAGACGGCGGAGAAGUUCAAUCAGAUGGCUUCGACCGUCGAGAGCGAGAAACCUAAAAAGAUCUUCAUACCAGGCGUGAACGUUGGAGGGGCGAAGCGCGUGUUCGAGAGGAAGGCCAGUCUCUCCUCGAUUGGCACGCCUCCGCCGGCGAAACACACCGCGUCCAAGGUAAUCAUCGACGUUCCAGCGACGGACGCGAAGAGGAACGAAAGCUCGAACGACAAGUCGACAAAAUCGGCUCGAGGUGUCGAGCGCGGGGAGGAGAAGAACGAAGAGGAGGAGAAGGAGAAGAAGAAGGAGGAGGCGAAGAAACGAGCGGUCGACAUAAUAACCGGCGCGAUCGGGAAACCGCCGAUGCAAAGGAGGAUAAACGGAUCUCCGCCGUUGUCACCCUCUAGCCAAGAGCCGAAGAAACUUUCGUCGAAGGUAGCAACUGGCGCGAACGACUCGCGUUCAACCGUGCAAUCCGUCGUCACACCCACCGAGACGAACUUCUCGUUUGACAAAAAAGCAACGGACGCGGACGGACGAACGACGAUUUCCGACAACGACGAGGACAACAACAACGACAACGACGAACCGGAGGAACCAAAAAUGUCCAGCAAAAUGGAGAUCACUUUGAAGAGCGCGACUCUGCCGAGACCGCGAAAGACGAGCAAGGCCGAAAUCUCUCUGACCAGCGUGAAACCGUCGAGGUCCGAGGCACCGUUUGCUUUCAAGUCAGAACUCGAGGCCAAGAUCGACGCGUUCCAGCCGCAGAAACUGCGAACGCAACGUUCGGAAGUCGCGUUCCCUGUUGCAGCCGCCGUGCCGCAAGCCAACCGAAGCUCCAGCUUGGAACCGGAGACCAGACCGAGGGGUGGUGGUACGCCAAAGGAGAGAAUAAUUCCUAUUCAGGUGGAAACGGAUCAUCGGCAGUCGCAACAUUCGUCGACGCCCCUGCCGUCCAAGCCGCCGCCGAUGCCGCAAAAAUCGGCAGUUUCGCAGCGGUCGGGAUCGUUGUCUCGUCAGUCGACCGCAGAUUCCGACACCGACAGCGCUCUCGGAUCGACCGUGGGUCCCGAACCGAUUCGAAAGAGCCCUCGCGAGUACAUAAUCCCGAUCGCUGUGGAAGGCGGUGGAUACGUGACACCCAGAUCCGGCAGCGUGGAGCCCGAGAACAAGACUGGCGGCGGCAGCAGCAGCACCACGUCGUCCAGCGCAAACGCCGUUCCCCGAUCCCGAUUCGGUAGACCUCGAAGAAUGAGUUCCUUGCUGUCGGACGCCAGCGAAGACGAAUCGCCGUUCUCCUCCUUGCAGAGAGACAGCGAGGAUCUCCUGCAGCGACAUAUGCACCGGCUGAGAAGCUCUCGGCCGUCGAGACAACCACCGGAACACGCGGACAGUUUGUCCUCUGGCGAGGACGACGACGACGACGGAUUCGAACUAUUGACCGCCGAGAAUUUAUUCUCCACUUUGCUGUCCAGAGUGCGAAGCUUGACGCAGAGGUUGAACGUCGACGACAAUCGCACUACCGGCUUCCCGAGUUCACGACUCUUCGGUAGAUUAGGAUCCAAUCCCUCGCAAGCGUUUUGGGGCCUCAAUAAACCACUGUCGAGCUACCAGACAUAUGUCGAGACAAGGACCGUGACUACGCGAUUGUCCGAGUCUCAGUUCAGGCAGUCGCUCGGCCGAGAUGACGACAUCUUCUCGAGAAAGGGCUCUGCGAACGCGUCGAACUCGGAGUCUUCCAACAGCCCGAUGGGGUCUCACGGUAAUCCUUCGAGGGAAACGGUGUUCGACAUCGGCAGCAACACUUUGCCAAGAGAUAAAUUAGCACGCGAAGACGUAGAGUCGACGGAACCAACGCGAAUCGAUAGGGAGACGCAGGAGUCGCUCGAGCGGAGCUUCACGCCGAGUUUGGCCAGGCGUUUGAGCAGAACGUUGAUCGAGCAGACGAGACGAUCGUUGACGAGGUCGCCGCCGAGGUCGGUUUCGCGCGAGGGCCGGGCGCUGUCGGCCGAGAGGGACGCGGACGCGUUGUCCGAGGCGGCGACCGACCGUUCCGUCUCCACCGUGUCCGAUCAGACCGAGUACAAAGAUCGGCGCGCCGUCAGGAGAGCCAACAGUUUGCUAGAGCCUCGUCGAGCCAUCGCCGGCCUCUUCGACGACCAGGCUGCUCUCCAUCUCGCUCGUCGUGGUGGAUACUCGUCGCCGACGGAGAACAACACCAACAACAGCAACAACAACAACAACAACAACAAAUGGUACAAGGAAAAUGGUUGCGGCAAACUGCGGAAGGACAGCUUCCGCUCGUACCGCGCGGACAAGAUCCAGGAGGAGACGUCGGACGAUCAGGCGUGGCCCGGCGACAGCUCCGUCUCGGAGUACACUCAGUCGCAGUCAGCCUCGAACCCGUUGGACGCGACGACGUCUAGCUUGUCGACCAGGUCGGACUACGACGACACCUGGCCGACCGAGACCACCUCCUCCUCCGCGUGCAACAAUCCCUCGUCGUCGAGGAACUUGGAGAGCAGGCUGCUGGCCGCGGAGAACCUGAUCAAAGAGUCGAAGCUGAGGAACUCGCUGGGAUUAUCGGGAACAGCAGGGUGUUGCGGCGACGCUUCGAAGUUCGACCGUAAUCUAAACUGCAGCUACCGGGACACGGACAAGUGCGAGAAACGAUCGUCGUUGAUCUCGAUCGCGGAGUCGAGCGCCCCUCGCUCGCAAUCGGCCGCCUCGAAGCGACGCAGCUGCAUACCGAGCCUGAGGCUGCGCUCCGGCUCGUUGACCAGAGUCGUCGAGCCGAUCGACGUUGAUCGGCGCAAGUCGUUCGCCGACACGCAGGACCUCGCCGCGCGAACCUUCGCCACGAACACGGAGAAGUCGCUGCUGAGCAAGCUGUUCAAGGCGGCCGGUGCUAGCCGACCGCCGGAGAACAAAAAUGAGCAUGAGAGCAACGAGGAGGGCAGAGAGAAGAGCUCGAAGCAACGUCGGAUAUCGCGGUUCCUGCGGCCGGACUUUUUCGACACGCCGCGGGAGGAGAGCCGCUACGUGAAGGAGAAGGAGGCGCAGAAGGCCGCGGAGAACGAGCGUCGCAAGUCGCGGUUCAUCAAGCGGAAGAGCGAGGGCAAGGCGACGGCGUCGAAGAUCAUCGCCGGCCAGGAGGACGCCGCCGUCGAACGAGAGACGAGGCGAGAGGACAAGGAGCUGAAGAACGAGAUCAAUUGCUUGAAAAGGGAUCGAUGCACGCGAGAGACGAAAGCGAGAACAACGACGACGGGGGCGGCGGAUGAGCCGAGGAGCGAUGGUUCGUCGCGAAACGGGUUUCUGCACUCGUUGGAGAAGAAGCUCGAGAGUCUUCGAUCCAACGACGAACAACAACAACAACAACAACAGCAACAACAGCAGCAGAAGAAGAAGAGAGAAAAGGCAGCGAGCAACGAGCGAAAAAUCUUCGUCAGGGACAAAGGGUCGCGAGAGCGUUCCGCGCCUCCUGUCGAUCAUCCUUCCACGGACGAGCGUGUCGCCGUCAAGAGAACCGUCAGCGUCGAGGAUCUUCCCGGUCGAUCCCGACGCUCGCGAGACGGCGAGAAUUCUUCGAAGAGCAGAGUCUCCUCCGUUCUCGGUCUGUUCAAGACCGCGGACGCGAAACAACAGCUCGGCAACGGGCAAACACGAUCGCAGGCCGCCACGUUUCUCAGCAAGCUGAAGAAAAGCCCGCCGAAACCUGUCUCCGACUGCUGUCCCGUCUCUGUCGAGGACGCGGCAGCUACCACGAUUGCCGCCGUCGGUAGCAAGAUACCGACCAAGUCGACGAAAUCCACCGUCGAAACCUCGAGGCGAGGUGUUGUUUCACUGCCGUCGUCGAGAGAAGGGGCGAGGAGGAGCGCGUCUCGCGAGAAGGAAGCAGAGGAGGAGAUCUCUGCCGCGGAAACGACAAUUUCGAGCCAAGGGAGACCGACAACGACGACAGACGACGACAAGAAACCCGCGGAGAAGAAACCGACGUCCUCGGGGUGGAGCAGAUCCAAGCAAACCUCGAGCCAUCGAUCCUCGAUGGAGAACGGAGCCUCGUCGUCCGCGGAACCACCUGGCAAACUGUCAACUCUCGACGACGGGAGACCGAGAAAUUCGACGACGAGGAAAAAGUGCGAAGCUGCGGAGAGCAACAGCAACGACACUGGCGGCGGCGACGCCAGCGUGAAGAAGAAACGGAUGGUACGAGUGACGAAGAAGGUCGCGAAGAAAUCGAGCCCGCCGGCCGCCGCGUGCGACAAGACGAACACCUCACCUGAAGGGAAGGAGAAGUCGGUCAAGUCGCGGGCGAAGAAGAAGACGACGACGACGACGACGACGACGACGACGGGCACCGAGGAGAACAAGGGUCCCGGUUCCGCGACGACGUCCGGCGAGAAUGUGGAAAGGAACGGGUUGGAGAGCGAGUCUCGGGAGAGACUAGAUGAAGAGAAGGGUAGUUUGGCAGCCGUGGUCGAGAGAGAGGAGCCGCAGCAACGAGCAAACAGGUGCAACUUGAAGCUCGACCUGUCCAAGAUACCUCAGCACUCGUUCAGAAACGCCACGCCCAGGAAAGACUCGCCGAGGUCCGACGAAUCUCCAAAGUCAGGACUCGACAGCAGCCACCAGCAGGAUCCCUCUGGUAAACCUCUGGCCGAGUGUCUGCCCAAGGUGACGCAUCGUGCCAGCAUCGCUGGUAGCAAGAUAAUCAUUGACAAGCCGCUGCGCGCGAAGGACGUGGCCGAGCUGAAGCGAGAGGUGACCGAGUGCGCCAAGAUCAUCGAGAGCCACGCGUUCGAAAAUCCUCCUCCUCCUCCUCUUCCCCGAGAUGGGUCGCAGUCGAACGCGAGGGAACUUCGAGAGAGACCGAGGAACGAUCAACGACCAACGACCAGCGUGGUCGUCGACUGCUGCGAACGACCCAACGACCUCGUCGUACUUUCACCGACAGCCGACGAGCCCGAGAGCUUCGACUCGUGGUCGAUGAGCAGCUCGACGGAGCUGAACCAAGCGCGGCCGGACUUGCACUCGCCGACGUCGCCGUCCCGCUCGCUGUUCGCGAGGAACGACAACAGCAACAACAACAAUAACAACAACAACAACAACAACAGCUCGGACAACUCGGAGUCGAUGAUCGACCGGAUACGCAGGCGAAGCUUCUACUCGCGAUUCAACGACCGACGGAGGCCGUCGCUCGCGGCUCCGCCGCCAGGCGUCCUCCUGCCCAGCAGCAGCGCCACGCUGCCGAGAAAGUUCAGCCUCGCCGGCCCUCACCGAGAGCACAAUCGGGAAGCACUUCGAGAGCUGCGGGAUCGUGGCAGAUACGCCGUAGGACUCGGCCCGAAGAUCGCCGGCAGGCACGAUGGUAUCUCGAUCGGUCGAACCGGCCAUCGCUACUCGGACAUCGACUGCGUCGCCGACUACGUCACCGACCUCAAGUCGCCGACCGAGCACGCGAUCGCACUCUCUUCCUCCUACGACCCCCUCGCCAGGUACCUCCGCCGAUCGCCGACCUUCGAUCUGUCCGCCUCCAGGUCGAGAUACCACAGCGCCGACUUUGCCGCGGACCCGGAACUAGCCACCGUCUACAGAUCCUCCCCUCUCUCCAGCUUGUCCAACGAUUCCGGUCUCGCUGCACGCGGCUCCGGCUACUCCUCUCUGCCGAGAAAGUACGGGAUCGAACCGAAAACCGUCGAGUACUACGAGGAGCUGCUGUCACCGAGCACCGCGGCCGACUACUUCUCGCCCUCAGUUGCCAGGAGGUCGUCGCCACUGUCCGCCGAGUACCCCACCAGGUGCGAGAACGGUUACUACAGCGAGAACUCGGAACACCUACGCUCGCACCCUGCGAAACUUGCACGGAGAAGUUGCGCGGAGAACAGCGCGAGGAGGAGGACGACGACGACGACGAACCAGGACUUGUCCGACGGUAGCGAUCUCACUUCGCCCGGCUCCUGCUGCGACGAGCCGUCCACCGAGCACACGAGGAACAACGGCGAGCUUACCACCGAGACGAAACACUCGCUUUCGACGCCCACCGAAGCAGCCGAUCGUUGCGCCACCGAUUACAGUUAACUUCACUGUUGCUAACGACAGGAUGCGCGCGCAUCUCACCAGCUAGACUUUGACUAGAUCACUGUACAGAGUGGAAAGAAACGUUUGGUUAGUUUUGGCUGUUACAGCUGAUGAAUUCUACGCUAUCGAUAAGGAACCUACCUUGGUAGAUUGAGUUUCUAACUAAAAAGAAAUAUUCUUAAAGAAAUAUUUAAGCUGAAAGAAAUUUUUUUUUUGUUUACAUUUCUAUUCUAGUCAUUAGGAGGAUCAGACUUGUUCGAGAAACUUAAAUUAUACAGGGUGAUUCACGUUCAGCUUGCGCACCUGAAACAACUUUUAAACUAUGCGUCCAACAAUAAUUAAAAGUUUAGGUGUAGAAUUUUUCACCUGUGAUAGUCACAGGCAAACUUUUCUUUUUCCACCCUGCAUAAGACGACUUUUUUUGCACGUAAUUCCUUUGAACAAGUUUGAUCUUCGUAGAAUACAGAUGUAAAAAAAAAAAAAUUUCUUUUUCGAGCCUCAAACUCAAAGUCACAGUUAAUUUCGCGGGAGCUGUAUCACGCGUUUUCCAUAAAACAUCGAGUGACAGACAAGAUUGACCAAACACAUUUCUUUCCACCUCGUGCGUCUGUACAUACAUACUCAUCGUUUCGUUGCGCGCACUUUUCGAUUCAGCGAGCAAGGAUCUGCAACGCGCGUGCAAACUACUGAUCGAUCCCGAGAAGUUCCUCCACGAGUCCCCCUGAAUCGCAGCGAAACUAUAUCAGUAUAACGUGUACUUUCUUACUGCAAACAGAUCGUAGUUUCUUUUCUCAUCAUCUACGAUCUCGAUCGACGUGAAGCAGGAUGUAAUCUCGAGUAAAAUCAAAUUCUGGCCGUGUACCAAAGACUUUUUAUCGUCUCGUUUACGAUACAGAAUGUCGCGUUGAUCGAACGGCCUAACGAUCACGUCGAAACCGACGAAACUGUCUUUUUUUUUCUUUCAGUUUCUCUCCUUUUUGUUGGCCUCUCUGCUUUGCCGUAAAACGAUCGUUAUGUCGCGCGUUCACAAUUGUCACAAUUGCCGUUUCGAAUGCGCUAUUGUAAUUGUUGUUUUCUAGCGUUACCACUAUUGUUAUUACUAUUACUAUCACACUACUAUCGCGACAAUUGUCAUUGCUGUCGUUACUAUUAUCGUCGUCGUUAUCGUUACUGUCGUCAUCGUCAUCGUCACUUUCAUAUUUAUGGCUACGUUGUAUAAAAAGUGUGCCUUGGAAA